CUGGGGAGUACUGGGAGUGCUGUCACUGAUGGGUGGGCUGUAGGAUCAGGGACAGAGGGAGCGCAGGGCUGGAUGUGGCUGAGAGCCCUCCCACAGCCCAAGCGAGAUCCCCACCAGCUGUGAGUGCUGCAGGCGAGCGAGCGGCAUUUCCAGAAUGAUGGAAAACAAAGUGUUCGUGUCCUUUACCUUCUACAGCACGAUCCUGAUCUUAAAAAUGUACGUCGUUGCCAUCAUCACGGGACAAGUGAGGCUCAGAAAGAAGGCAUUUGCUAACCCGGAGGAUGCGCUGCGCAAUGGGGGGCUGCAGUACUACCGUGAGGACCCCGACGUGGAGCGGUGCCGCAGGGCCCACCAAAAUGACAUGGAGAACAUCUUUCCCUUCCUCUUCCUUGGAGCCAUCUACUCCCUGCUGGAUCCCACUCCCGCGGUGGCCAGGAUCCACUUCCUCAUCUUCUGUGUGGGACGCAUCAUCCACACCAUCGCCUACCUCCUGCAGCUGAAGGCCCCCACACGCUCUGUGGCCUAUGGGGUGGCACAACUGCCCUGCUUCUCCAUGGCUCUGCAGAUCCUCCUUGCCACCACCCCAUACUGGUAACACCCAGCGGGACCAACCAUCCAGACCCCUUUAUUCUGUACUCUUGCUGGUUUCCCCAGCUGGACUGGGUGGUGUGUGUGUGAGUGUGCAUGUGUCUGUGUGUGUGGGCACAUGGUAUGUCCCCAUGGUGUUGAAAUUGGGCAGGGAAGUCACCAAAGAGAAGGGGCACCUCUCCCAGUGGAGCAGGAAGGGGAUGCAGAGGCAUCUUUCACUUGCUCCUGCUAAGGGUGGGAGGGGAAAGCACCCGCACUACCCCUUGGGGAAGGAGUUCAUUGGCAGAAAGAAGGUUUUCUGACCCAACCUCAUUCAGAACUAAGAAGGGGCAGAUGUGCCCUUUCCCCUUGAUUACGAACACCCCAUCAAUCAGGAAGUGAAAAUCAUGAGGGUCCCAUGAAACCUCUUGGUCAGCAGAGGGGAGAUAGAAAACAGCCGCCUUCCUCCUGCCCAUCCAUGCAGGUUUGUGGGGACGGGGAUCCUGUAGGAGAGGGGUUAGGUGCCUGCCAGGCAGUGUAACAUGGAAGUUGAAACCUCAGGGGUGACGUGAAGCCACCGAAGCAUUCAGUGCUCCCAGCCCUGCCUCGCCUCGCACCACAGGACUCGGCCCCCUGCCAGGGAGCCUCAGUGCAGGCAGGAGCCUGCCUGUCCCAGCCAGGAUACCCCACAGCCGGUGUUCAGCAGCUCCCAGCCAGCACCAGCCGUGGCUUUCCCACCUCGGUCUCACCGUGGCAAGAUGCAGGAGGAUGUGCCUGGGGCAGCCGGCAGGAAUCACCCCACAGAGAGCCAGAAACAAAGCUCUGGGACUUCGGGAAAGACUGAGAUGCUCACACCAAGCAGGGGGGUUGCAGUUCGCAGGCAGAGCUUUCUCCCAAGGGCAGUAUCCGCAUUCACAUGCCUCUGAUGCCUGAAAACGCUCCCAGGGCAGCAGAGGGAACUUCUCUCCCUCUGUUCGUAGCCUUUCUCUGGCCGCAGAAUGGCCACUGCUAUUUGGGGAAUGUGCCGUGACCGCUUUGGGGGUGUUUUCUUUCAGCUGUUUCCUGCUGUCCACUGCCGCCACGCUGUGCACAGCCUGCAUUAGCUGGUGUUUGCAGGAAGCAGCUCUGGAAAGGAGCAGAGUGGCUUUGAACCACCCAGCGGGAGAGUACCUCUGCUCUGUGGUGUUACCUGAAAGUUCUCAUGUUGGAGAGGAGAGGCUGGCACCAUGGUAUUGCAGGGUGAGAAACCCUCGUGAGCUCCUCUGCUGCUGGUCAGGCAAAGGCAGCCCACCUUGCCCUAUGGAGGGCAAGGCAGGAGGAAGCCUCUGCUGUUCAGUGCCUCCUGCCUCUGAGGGCAAUGUGGAGAUUUACUGAGAACACAGGGGGGGAAACCAGAAUGAGCAGAAAAUAAAUUGCCCUUCCACCUAUCCUGAGC